UUUAGAAGCUUUUCAUGGAUAAUUAAUUCUAUAUAAGGACUACAAGUUCUGAAUAUUUUCUAACAGACUUGCUUUCUUAUCACUAUCUGUUGCUAUUCCUAAGAAGAAAAUAUGGGUUUGAAAGGCAAGUUGGCUGUUUCAAUGGAGGUGAAAUGUGGAGGACACUUAUUUCAUGACCUUUAUCAAACCAAACCUCAUCAUGUAUCCAACAUAAGCCCCAAUAAGGUCACAGGUUUUGAUCUUCAUGAAGGCGGGAUUGGAGAGGUUGGUUCUGUAGUUACCUGGAAAUAUAAGGAGGAUGGAAAUGAGAAGAUUGCUAAGUGUGUCAUUGAAGAAGUCAUGGAUGAUGAAAAGAAAUCAAUCACAUGGAAAGGGAUAGAAGGAGAUCUCUUGGAACGGUAUAACGCUUUCACUGUUAACAUUUCCUGCGAUCAGCAUUGGAUUACAUGGACAUUUGUGUAUGAGAAGAAAACUGAAGACACCCCUGAGCCUCUUAACUUUCUUGGGAUAUGUCACUGA